AUGGCCACGAUCAACACCGAGCUCUCGCUGGUGCGGCGCCUUCACGCGUUGUUGCAACGCUAUGAGUCGAGGCCCGCCGUUGCUCGCCGUAACACUCUUCCAACUCUCUCUCGUUUCCUCCGUAGCACAGACCGCCAGAUCCGCAAACUUUCUCUGGAGGCUGUCUACCUACUGGCUGAGCACCACGAGAACCUCGAGCUGCUCGGCAACGACCAGGACCUCGUGGACGCUGUAGUCGAGAUCUACGAUGGGGCCCAGUACGAUGACCCGGAGCUGUGCGACCUAUCCAGCCAAACACUCGAUCUCCUCACGCCAACCUUGCCCGACGGUGACCCACGCAGAAAGGUCGCGGCACGCCGGCCAGAUCAAGAUGCCGGGGCCACAUCUAUUGGUGCGGUGCCGCUGCUCACCACCCCACCCCGGCACGCUGGCAGCUCCUCAGAGCUGCAGGACUCGUCAAACGCCGUUGGCGAGUACGACAUGAUCGUCGGCGACGUCGAGCAAGUCUCCGUUAUCUCCGGGGGAACCGGCUUCGAGAUGGCAAGCUCUAGCUCUCAUCUGACGCGGCGGUUGACAGACCCCGCGCCUGGGCCGCCAGAGGUGAUCCACGGAGUAGGCAAGGACUGCCCUCUCUCCAUUGUGCUGGAGAUCCCGGCGCUGGAUGCGAUGACGGACACCUCGUACAUAGAGGAAAUUCUGCAGACGGCGCGUGGUGUUAUGUCGUACACCAUUACGGCGAGUGCCCAUCAAAUUCGUGUCUUUCUCUCCGCCUUUGCCCAGGCACCGCUGCAGAACAUGCUGACCGAGGCUGGCUACGAGAACAUACUGAUCAGUGCCGAGCAAAUGUGCUACCAAGGGAGCGAUGCAGGUAAUCAGAGCCUCAACGGCAGCUUCUUCUUCGAUAAGUACAGCAAGAGGCCGUCCUAUGUGCAGAGUGCGAAGAGCUUCGCUUCAAAUCUGUUUAAUUCUAUAAUGGUGUACAGCGACCCUAAUAACAACUCCCUAGCGGCGCGCGUGAGGCAGCAGCGGGCAGCGCAACAAAGUGGCAGCACCACCACAGACCGGAUUGCACAGGCGUUCUCGCGAUGGUGGUAG